GUACAUGUGAGAUCUUGAAGACCGGUGUAAACUUCUUGAGGCCGUCAUGCGUGUGCCAGUACUACUCCUGCUGGGAAUGGUGUCCGGGCUCUGUAGCAGUGAUCAGUCAUGUCCUGAAGUGAAAGUUUUAGGGAUUGGGGACACAGACAAAUUGUCGAUUCUUCGAGGCUGCCCUGGUCCUCCUGGCCUUCAGGGUCAAAAAGGAGAUGUUGGGGCACCUGGAGAAAAAGGGCAAACAGGAUCUGCGGGGGGACCAGGAACAGUUGGACCUCCAGGAGAAAAAGGAGAGAAAGGAGAUAGAGGAGCGUCUGAGCCAGUCUAUGCUGCCAGAAACUGCAAAGAAAUACGAUAUCAGGGGGCAGUCCUCAGUGACUGGUACACCAUAUACCCAGAUGGCAGCCGGCCCCUGAAGGUCCUGUGUGAUAUGGACACAGAUGAAGGAGGAUGGAUUGUCAUACAGAGACGUUGGGAUGGGUCAGUAGACUUCUUCCGCACUUGGGAUGCUUAUAAGAAAGGCUUUGGAAGUCGGCUAAGUGAAUUUUGGCUGGGAAAUGAAAAUAUUCAUCAAAUAACUUCAACAGGAACAUGGGAAUUACGUAUUGAUCUACAAGAUUUUGAAGGUAAAAUGGUGUUCGCCAAGUAUGCAAGCUUCAAAGUAUUGGAUGAAGCUGAGAAAUACAAAUUAAUAAUUGGAGCCUAUCAGGAAGGAACUGCAGGAGAUUCUAUGGGAGAUCUUAACAACUAUAAAUUUAGUACUAAAGAUGAAGACAACGACAUUCAUGAGGGCAGUUGUUCCUCGAUGUUUAAAGGCGGCUGGUGGUAUAACAAUUGUCACAAUGCAAACCUUAAUGGACUCUACCACCUAGGAGUGCACACAUCUAAUGCAGAUGGCAUCAACUGGCUUACUGCCAGAGGGUACAAAUACUCGUACAAGCAUGCAGAAAUGAAGAUUAGGCCUGUUCCUGUUGGCAAAUAUUUAAUAAGGACAUGGCUGGGAAAGUACAGCUUUCUUAGAACAUGCAGUCCCCUAUGGGGGGAGGGGCAUGACAUAUAUAUAUAUAUAAAAGAAAAGGUUUGUGGCUCCAAACUUAUUCCAAAGUACUUGUUGCUUCUGGAAGACUGGUGUCAACUUCUGGAGGCCGUCAUGCAUGUGCCAGUACUACUACUGCUGGGAAUGGUGUCCGGGCUUUGUAGCAGUGAUCAGUCAUGUCCGGAAGUGAAAGUUUUAGGUAUUGGGGACGCUGACAAAUUGUCAAUUCUUCGAGGCUGCCCUGGUCAUCCUGGCCUUCCGGGUCAAAAAGGAGAAGUUGGGGCACUGGGAGAAACAGGACAAACAGGAUCUGUGGGAGGACCAGGAAAGGUUGGACCUCCAGGUGAAAAAGGAGAAAAAGGAGAAAGAGGGGUGACUGAGCCAGUCUAUGCCGCCAGGAACUGCAAAGAAAUACAAUAUCAGGGAGCAGUCCUCAGUGACUGGUACACCAUAUACCCAGAUGGCAGCCGGCCCCUGAAAGUCCUGUGUGAUAUGGACACAGAUGAUGGAGGAUGGAUUGUAAUACAGAGACGUUGGGAUGGGUCAGUAGACUUCUUCCGCACUUGGGAUGCUUAUAAGAAAGGCUUUGGCAGUCGGCUAAGUGAAUUUUGGCUGGGGAAUGACAAUAUUCAUCAAAUAACUUCAACAGGAACAUGGGAAUUCCGUGUUGAUCUACAAGAUUUUGAAGGUAAAAUGGUGUUCGCCAAGUAUGCAAGCUUCAAAGUAUUGGAUGAAUCUGAGAAAUACAAAUUAUUAAUCGGAGCCUAUCAGGAAGGAACUGCAGGAGAUUCUAUGGGAGGUCUAAACGACAUGAAGUUUAGCACUAAAGAUGAAGACAACGACAUUUAUGAGGGCAGUUGUUCCAAAAUGUAUAAAGGCGGCUGGUGGUAUAGCAAGUGUCACAGUGCCAACCUUAAUGGACUCUACCACCUAGGAGAACACACAUCUAAUGCAGAUGGCAUCAACUGGUAUGCUGCCAGAGGGCAUAAAUACUCCUACAAGCAUGCAGAAAUGAAGAUUAGGCCUGUUUAGAUGGAGGAACAGUCCCAGCAAUUUAUGGAUUUUCAAAUAUUUGUUCAAAAUUUAUUGUAUUGAUUUUUGUAAAAGUAUUUAUGGGUGCCAAAGCUCAGUGUGGGUGCCCCUGACUGCACAGGCCUGGUGGGUGAAGGGUUCAGUGUGGCUUGAAUAGGCUGAGUGUAUUGGCUGCUAGGCUUUCCUUCACCUGGGAAACUAUUACAUUUUCUGCUCUAGACCAGUAUCUAAAUACCCUGACCAAUGUGCGGUGGCCCAGAACCCAGAGCACAUGUCACACCAGCUUCCCCUCCCCAUAGUUAGUCCUUGUAAAUAGCAACCUAUAGAUCUGGUUCUAGGUAGGACUAGGAAAGUGUAGACAUCCUGGGACCAAGUGCAAAAGCAAUGACUGGACCUCCAAAUACCAUAACUAACGAUGAGUCAACAUGACGGCAUUUCUAAUGCCAAUAUCCUAUAUAUAAAAUGUAUGUAAAUCAAUAAAUCUAUGACAUUCCUUUA